CCAGCGCUGGGCGCGGUACGGCGCGCGGGCCAUGGGGGGCAGCCUGCGGGUGGCCGUGCUGGGCGCCCCGGGCGUGGGCAAGACGGCCAUCAUCCGCCAGUUCCUGUUUGGUGACUAUCCCGAACGCCACCGGCCCACGGACGGGCCACGCCUCUACCGGCCCGCGGUGCUGCUCGACGGCGCCGUCUACGACCUGAGCAUCCGCGACGGCGACGGCGCUCGUCCGGGUCAGAACCCCGGGGGUCCAGAGGCCCGAGGCCCUGCGAUUUUGAAAAGCGGCUUUUUCCUCACUCGCCUAAAGUGCCUGUAUAUUUGCCUGCCUCCGCUGGUGGUUCUGGAUCAGUGCACGACAGAGCAUGGUUGUGUCUCCCUGAGGGAGUGGCCAGACCCCAAGGACUGGAGCUUGCAGGACACGGACGCCUUCGUGCUCGUCUAUGACAUCUGCAGCCCCGACAGUUUCGACUACGUGAAGGCGCUACGGCAGCGCAUCUCGGAGACCAGGCCGGCGGGCGCACCCGAGGCUCCCAUCCUCGUGGUAGGCAACAAGCGAGACCGGCAGCGGCUGCGCUUCGGACCUCGGCGCGCGCUGGCCGCCCUGGUGCGCAGGGGCUGGCGCUGCGGCUACCUCGAGUGCUCCGCCAAGUACAAUUGGCACGUGCUGCGUCUUUUCCGCGAGCUGCUGCGUUGCGCUUUGGUGCGCGCGCGCCCUGCGCACCCAGCCCUGCGCCUGCAGGGGGCGCUGCACCCCGCGCGCUGCAGCCUCAUGUGACUGAACUGGACGACGACGCCGAUGGUGGGGGGAGGGUGGUUUGAUUGGCGCAACCGGGUACCUGGAUUGGACGAAAUUGCCCAACUUCUCUCGGAUUGGACAGGACAAAGUCUCCUCCCUGAUUGGAUGAGGAAACCUCCGAGUCAGUCUCCUGGGCGACAGGACACUCUGAGCCUCAUUGGACCUAGCCAGGCCCCAAGCUACAUUGGGCUCGAGCAGUCCUUUCUGGGACCUCAUUGGGUUACAAUCCCAUUGGACUUCGCUAUUAAUCUGAUUGGAAGCUCUCAGGUUGCCCCUGCGGCUUCACUGGACAAACUCUUAAGUCACACCUCUUGGGAGGUAAUAAAGGGGAAAACAAUGCAAG